UACUAUCGAUAGUGCCCUCUAUGGCGGAGUUAAACAAAACGAAAAAAAUUCACAAAUUUGCCAAAUAAACUGCAUUUUAAGCAACAAAUGGACAACGAGGAAGGUAAACGCGGUCGUGGACGUGGCCGCGGUACUCGAGCGCGUGGCAGGGGACGCGGGCGUGGACGUGGUCGUGGGAAAAAGAUUGAUGAUGCGAGCGUAAUAGAAGCCGUCUAUGAAGCGGGUGCUUCAGCCGUGGCAUCACUCACCGCCGUUCUGGAGAGCAGUCCCGCCAGCACGGACCAUGUGGAAGAUGCCAUUAUGCAGGAUUUGGACAAAGAAAACGAAAUGGAGGUGACCACAGUGCUGGAGGUGCAACAGGCCACAACAAAUGCGGAUAUGACGCCGCCGGCGCCUCAGCAGCAGGUGGCGCUGCCUGUAAUGGCCAAAACGAUUGACAUGGAAGCAGACAUAUCACAGCUGGAGGCACCCACCUUUACCACAUUGUCACGCGGCCCACCGGAGCCGAUGCUGCGCCUGAAAUGGAACCACAAAGUCAGCCUAAUCGGCGAGAAGGUACUGAAUCCCAUGAUUCAUUGCUGCGAUCAAUGCGACAAGCCGAUACUCGUCUACGGCCGGAUGAUACCAUGCAAACACGUCUUCUGUCUGAAGUGCGCCCGCGCCGAGCCCAUCAAGAGCUGUCCGCGGUGUAGCGACAAGGUGCUCAGAGUAGAGCAAAGCGGCCUGGGCACCGUCUUCAUGUGCACCCAUGGCGGCAGUCGGUACGGCAGCACGGGCUGUCGACGCACCUAUCUGUCCCAGCGCGACCUGCAGGCGCACAUCAAUCACAGACAUGUGGCACCCCAGUUGCCGCCACCGCCAACGGCUCUCGGUGCGGCGGGGGGCGGCGGCGGCGUUGUUGUUGUUGACCCAAAGCUGGCGGACCUGAGCGGCCUGCACAAGCAGCGCAAGCUCUCCGAGUCACCUGCCUCGUCCUCCUCCUCCUCCGCUGUUGCUCGCUCCUUGUCGCGCCUCCCAACCAUGUCUGUCGGCGGCAUUGGCACCAUUCCACCGCCUGGCUCUGCCGCUGCCGUUGCGGCCGCUCAAAACUCCGUCCACGCGCACUCAACGCUCACGCUGGCGAACCUGGCCAGAAUUAACAAUGCCAAUGCCCUGGACUGUCACCAGGGCAAGGCGUCGCUGCAUCAGUCGUUGAAAAAGUCGCACCAUCAGUCCGAGUCCGUGGCCGAUGCAUCCUACUACAGCAGCAUAUUGGCCUCCUUUGGUAGUGCUGGACCACCGGGCGCUCCGCCUGUCAGUGGCGGCGUUGGAGCUGGUGCUCCAGCUCCUGGGCACAGCUCGACUCAAGCCACCUACGAGACGGCCAGUGCAGCGGGCAGCACAAGCGGCAAUUGGCAGCAAACGCAAUAUAGGAUAUGAUAGGAAACCACCACCACCAUACGGCGGCUUUUUAGGCAAGUUCGGUUUUAAAUUAAGACGAAAGUGAAUGUAAAUUAAGAUUGAAAUGAAAUUAAAAGAAUGUAUU